AUGUUGAGGGUUUGUGGUCAACCACAUGUACCGUUAUCUGGUCUCCAGGUUGAAGUGCAAGCCCAAGUUGGUCUUUCGAUCAACCAACGAAUUUCUUGGCUAAGUAACGGUUGCUAUCAACGAUUCUUAUUAUUGCGCAAGGUUGUACCGAGCUACCCACAUACCAACGUUCCAUCCGAUAUAGAAAUUUCUCUAGUAGGCUCAAACUACGAAUCAAAGUUCGAGGUGAUACCACCGAAAAUGGAUUUGGAGGAGGUAAAUGACGGGAAGAGGCCCGUUGCAUCCAGACGUCAGCCGCAGCCGUAG